UACAGAGGGAAGAUUCUCUUUAACGUGAUUACUUACAAGUAAUAUUACCUCAUCAUGGAAGAACUAUCACCUGAAGAGAUUCAGCUGAGGGCCAACCAGGUCACUGAUGAGUCUUUGGAAAGCACAAGGAGGAUUCUUGGUUUGGCCAUUGAGUCCCAGGAUGUUGGCAUCAAAACUAUUACCAUGCUAGAUGAACAAGGAGAACAACUAAAUCGCAUAGAAGAAGGCAUGGACCAGAUAAAUAAGGACAUGAGAGAAGCUGAAAAGACACUGACAGAGCUCAACAAAUGUUGUGGGCUCUGUGUCUGUCCUUGUAACAGGACGAAGAACUUUGAGGCCAGCAAGGCGUAUAGAGCAACCUGGGGAGAUGGAACAGAGAACUCUGCAGAUCAUGUGAUAUCCAUGCAACCAAGAAGUAUAAACCGGCAGCAGCCUCAGACUUCUGGAGGACCAAGUGGUGGAUAUAUUACAAGAAUAACAAAUGAUGCCAGAGAAGACGAAAUGGAUGAAAAUCUUGCUCAAGUGGGAAACAUUCUUGGGAAUUUGAAAAACAUGGCUUUGGAUAUGGGCAAUGAGAUUGAUGCCCAGAAUAAACAAAUAGACCGGAUAAAUGUAAAGGCCGAUACAAACAGAGAACGCAUUGAGCAAGCCAACAUCAGAGCCAAGAAAUUAAUUGACAAUUAAAGCCUGCAGUCAUUGUUCAAUGACACUCUCUCUCCAGCUGCAAACCACCAUAUUCAUGGAUCUGUGAAACUUCUAUUCUUUAAUAAGAGGGGCUGGGAAAAAUGAAGCAGUACACUUUCUAUAGUAAUUAAUUUUCCCUUAUUGCUUCAUGUAAACAUGGCUUUGACUCAAAGAAAGCAGCCAGCUUCCUUCUACUCAUCUGCCUUCACUUCCUCUAUACUGCUCAGGGCUAAAAGUAUUGGGGGCUUUGAGAAUCUUCCUGCAUGUUUUAUUCCUCCUCCCAGUUUUUUUUUUGUUUUGUUUUUUUUUUUUAAUUUUUUAAAAAAAUGUCUUGCACCGAAAAUACAGUCCUUUUAUUGAAGUUGAACAAGCAGGGUAACCUGAAUUCACAGUUGUGGAAAGUUGGAGAGGGCACUUUGCACUGUCUAAAAUACCUCAUAAGUUGAGUGUCUUCACUAAAAUAGGGACUUGGUGAAUAUUGUCUAACUUGUAUCUCUAGCAUGCUAACCAUAGCUUUACAAUCCAAACCACAUGAUUGGUUUGGGGUUGAGUUUGUGGAUCACAAAAUUGAAGAGGCCCAUUACUUACAGCUUGUGGGUUGAGGGCUUUAAAACACUUCCUAACCACACGAACUUGAAGGUAAUGGUAACUGGAGGGAUAAAGAGGUUUCCUGUAAAUUGGCAUCACUUUGGAGGCCAUGACUAGGAAAUCAUGCUGCAUUGUUCUGAUAUUUGUUGUGUGUAUAUAUAUAUAUGCCUGAUCUAAACCCUGUGCACACGUGAGUAGAAGAAAAUAAAACUUAUCUCCCUAAAGUAUUUAUUUGAUGGAAAUUUUUACACCCCUCAUCUGAAAGUUAACCAGUAAGCGUUUGAAUGAUGCAUCUUAACCAGAAAAAACUGAGUAGAAAAGCAUGCAGAUCUCUUGCAUCCCAUAUCUUAUUCUCUUUUGGCCAGUUUUCACUGGAGUUCAGUUUAUGCCUUUCUCCAGUGCAAAAUAGUGACUGAAAUCUGGUGCAGAGUUUGCUUGUCAGCAGUGACUUUGAGAGUACAUUUUAAACCUAUCAAAACCGGAAAAACUUAUUAUGUAACUUCUUUGUCACAGGUCUGGAGGAAGAAGUAGCUAUUUAUGAACUGUAUGCUAGUUCUAAAUAAACUAGUUCUAAAUAGAUUCGUGACUGGUUUAUUAUUGCAGAUAUUGGGACUGGCAAUUGGAAAUAUAUGUCCAAGUUACUUGCAACUAAAAUGUUCCUGUUCUGUUGCAGAAUAGAGGAGUUUCUGACCAGGUGAGGUAAAGCUCUUUCCUAUGAAGAAAAAUGUUUUGGUUUUACUGUAAUAUAAUUAGAUUUAUAUCCAGCAUUUUUCUUUAAAUCUUUGUAGUAGUUAAAUUGCAAAUGGCUUAUAUAAUUUUAACUCCACCCAGCAAUAUACUAUGCCUGUUUUAAAGCUGAAAAUUAUGCUUUGGAGUAACCUACGAUACUUAGUGUUGGAUGGCAAAAAUCUUCAAAUUGAUUAUAAUUAAAACUAAUAGCAUUAUGGGGUGUUUUUUGGGGAGGACAGUGUACAAGUAUCCUCUAGCCCCUAAUAAUGAAUCCUAGGGCUAGAGAUGACACUAAUCCAUUGAAAUGCUUAGACAGUGUUAGGGAUGUUGUUUUCUUUUUAGCAGAAAUACAUGCAGUACUAGUGGUAUAUUUUCAGUUCACUCCCACCAGAACUUGAUAUUUAAAGAAAAAAACCAAAAUCAGCAACCACACACACGCAAAACUCAACAAAAACCUAACCAAACAAAACAGAAAAACCUAAAUGACUGACCAAAGGAUGAAACAACUACAUGUACUAUAAAUAGGCCAGUGGCAGUUUGCCCUAUGUGAAUAAGGUAAAGUCAUUUUUAGGGCAUUAGAUACUUCAGUACUGUGGGUUGGCUCCUGUCUAGCUUCCAGUAAUUGUUGGAAAGCCAAUGAAUUUCAAAAGCUCACUAGUUGCCCAAUUAGUAAAUGAAGAUUAUAUGCUUAAAAACACAAGUAGCAAAGAAGUACUUUUAAGAACAUGGCAUAGUAAACUUCAAACAACCACCUGCAUAAGAAAGUAUAGGGAAUUUGGAUGAGCUUUUUUUCCUUCUUACAAAUUUCAGGUUAACUGAAGGAUUAUUUGCUGCUAGUUGUGAAAGCAAAGUAUACAUUAUUUAAUUGUCUUCUUGGAACAGAAGACUGAAGUUGGUUACCUUUAGUCUGCUUACACAACGCAAACCUGCUCUGUAGAAUUUAACAUUCCAAAUAUUGGAAUGUUUUUCUCCCUUGCCACUACAAGUCCAUAUUCUUGACUUGCCUGAGCUCUAACAACAAAUUAACACGCUGUCUGACAGAAUGCUGUGAUGGGUAUAUCAGCAUUGUAAUAUUGCAAUGAAUACCACACAAGGAAAUAAUUUCUGAGACUCUGAGCUUGAGUAUUUGUGGAGCAUCGAUACUGUCUUCUCAUCUGCAAGAGCCAAAUGCGUGAGGGAGUUGGUGCCUUUAGGUUAGUGAACAACGCAGUCUGCUGCUUGGAUUGUCUUACUGUUGUCUAUAGAAUAGAUGCCUAAUUUCUGUAUCUAUGAUAUGAAAUCAACGCUUGUAUAUCUUUGUAUGUCUGAAUGCUAUUGAGAAUGAAGGCUUACAGUUUCUGCUUUUGAUUGUUAAAUUAUAUAUUGUGCACAAAAAAUACAUACUUUUAUAACUGAA